ACAAAACUCGAUGGGGAUGGAAAAAUCACUAACUCUCCGAGGCGACCAUUUUGAAACCGGAAACUCUGAUGUGGAAGGAACUAACUUCCGUGAACAGAAACCCCGCCCAAACCAAUGAUGGCUGCUGCACGUCGGCAGACGUACGUCAUGCGCCCAAUCUACGUAGGCGGGACGGGAGAGCUGGUUGGUGACGUAACACGGAGACAGCCUGGGGGCGGGACUACGUCGUUUGGCGCGAAAUUCUCUUUUCUCCACCUUCUUCUUGCCGUCCUUAGCGAGGCAUCGGCUUUGCCGGUGGCGUUCGGCUUGGUCGUGAUCCUCGUGGCUGUAAGAAGAGGCGUCCAGCUGGGGCAAUUUAGAGUUGCUGCAGCACCAGGAGCUCCUGAAGCGGAGGCGGGGGGAAGCAGAGGGCUUGCGCCCAGCCUGAGGAAGCUUCGGUCUCCGGGAGCCAUGGCAUCCUACACCACCAGACUGAAGACCAGACAAACUUACUCAUGGGUUGGCAGACCAUUGUUGGAUCGAAAACUACACUACCAAACCUACAAUGAAAUGUGUGUGAAAAUAGAAGGUUGUUCAACUCAGAUUCACAUCCAAGUUGGACAGUUCGUGCUGAUUGCAGGCGAUUGUGAACAAUAUCCGUAUGUUGCUAAAUUGAUUGAAUUGUUUGAAGAUGAUUCUGAACCUUAUUCCAAGAAACGUGCUCGAGUACAGUGGUGUGUCCGAUUCUGCGAAGUCCCUGUGCGUAAACAGCAUUUGUUGGGCCGGAAGCCUGCAGCACAGGAGAUAUUCUGGUAUGAUUACCCUGCCUGUGACGGCAACAUUAAUGCUGAGGCCAUCAUUGGCCCUGUGCGGGUAGUAGCUUUAGCUCCAGAUGAAGCGAUACCUGUGGAUUUGAAAAAUGAAAAGACACUCUUUAUGAAACUAUCCUGGAACGAAAAGAAGUUCAGACCACUGUCCCCAGAACUACUUGCAAAUUUAGAUAAGCUACGAGAAAGCAGUCCCAGGUGCCAGAAGCCCGUGGGAACCAAGACUAGGAGUAUAGAAAGCCUUCCUUGGACCACAGCAGAGCAAGUGGUCAGAAGUAUUGAAUCAAGGCACUCCGCCUCCAAAUCUUGCCAAACUCCUACCCAUUCCGUUACUCCAAGGGCAAGGAAGCGGCUGGAGCUCAACAGUCUCCCGAGGACACCAGACUCUAGCACUUCCCGGCAGAAUGCCUGUGCCUCUUUGGGUUCUCCAGGAAGAACUAAGCGGAAGGUGGCCUUCUCUGAGGUCACCUCACCUUGUAAGAGGCCUCAGCCUGAUGAACUUCAGACCUCGUCUCCAGCUCUGAAAUCCCCUUGUACCAAGGACAACAAGAAGUGUUCACCUGAAUGUCACAUGACCCUGAGAACCCGAGUCCCAGUUUUGAAAGCCACAGAGAUUACUGAGCAUAAAACACUUUCCCCUAUCAGCGGGGGACGGAAAUCCUUGGUGGUGUCUGAUGUGGUCCUGAAACCAGAAAAUAUCAAAAAGAGGAAGGUAGAAGAACCAGAAGCUCAGAAUGAAGCCACGUCUACUCCCCAUCGUGUCAACAGAAAGAGUUCUACCUUGGCUUUGAAUCGGAUUAGGCAGCAGCUUCAGUUUUUAGGUAAUAACAAAAAUGAGCAAGAAGAGGAAGAGUUUCUACCAGCAGCAGAGAUUUCAGACUCUAGCAGGGAGGAGGAAGAGGUCUCCACGCCACCCUUCUCAAGAGCACACAGCAGUGUACCCAGGAGCCGAUGCUCUUCCAUGAAGUCAUCCUUUCAGACUCCCUCCAAGACACCAAAGAAAACCCCUAAGCGUAGAACUCCGUGUCAGGUCACGCCCCAGAUCCGCAGCCGAAGCUUGGCUGCCCAGGAGCCAGCCAGUGCGCUGGAGGAGGCCCGGCUUAGGCUGCAUGUUUCUGCUGUUCCUGAGUCUCUCCCCUGUCGGGAACGGGAAUUCCAGGACAUCUACAACUUUGUGGAAAGCAAGCUCCUUGACCGCACUGGAGGGUGCAUGUACAUCUCCGGGGUCCCUGGGACAGGGAAGACUGCCACUGUGCACGAGGUGACACGCUGUCUGCAGCAGGCAGCCCAAGCAAAUGAUGUUCCGCCCUUUCAAUACGUUGAGGUCAAUGGCAUGAAGCUGACAGAGCCCCACCAGGUCUAUGUACAGAUCUUACAGAAGCUGACAGGCCAAAAGGCAACAGCCAACCACGCGGCACAACUGCUGGCAAAGCGAUUCUGCACACGAGGCUCCCCUCAGGAAACCACUGUGCUGCUUGUGGAUGAGCUCGACCUCCUGUGGACUCAGAAACAGGACGUCAUGUACAACCUCUUUGACUGGCCCACUCACAAGGAGGCCCGGCUAGUGGUCCUGACCAUUGCCAACACAAUGGACCUGCCAGAGCGAAUCAUGAUGAACCGGGUGGCGAGCCGACUGGGUCUCACCAGGAUGUCCUUUCAACCCUAUACUCACAGCCAACUGCAGCAGAUCCUAAUGUCCCGACUCAAACACGUGAAGGUCUUUGAGGAUGAUGCUAUCCAGUUGGUAGCCAGGAAGGUAGCAGCCCUCUCUGGAGAUGCACGACGCUGCCUAGACAUUUGCAGGCGUGCCACCGAGAUCUGUGAGUUGUCCCCCCAGAAGCCUGACUCCCCUGGCCUGGUCACUGUGGCCCACUUGAUGGAAGCUGUGGACGAGAUGUUUUCAUCAUCAUACAUCACUGCCAUCAAAAAUUCCUCGGUUCUGGAACAGGGCUUCCUGAGAGCCAUCCUUGCAGAGUUCCGUCGAACAGGCCUGGAGGAAGCAACAUUUCAACAGGUGUACAGUCAGCACGUGGUUCUGUGCAGGAUGGAGGGACUGCCCUACCCCACCAUGUCCGAGACUAUGGCCGUGUGCUCACGCCUGGGCUCCUGUCGCCUGCUCCUCGUGGAGCCCAGCAGGAACGACCUGCUCCUUCGUGUGCGGCUCAACGUCAGCCAGGAUGACGUGCUGUACGCACUGAAAGAAGAGUGAGGGGCUUCGACAAGGAAGGACUCCGCUCUGCUGUUUUUUAAAGUCUGGUUUUCUUUUCCUAAACACAUGGAAUUGUUGUAGAGAAGUAUACUGAAUGGGAAUGGCUGUGUCAUCUAUUUUGAAAUUUUCAGUAAAUGGCUUUUUCCAGAGGGUUUGGGAAGUCUACAAUCAUUGUGUUGUUCCUAGCUAUCGUGGUGUUAGCCCCCAACUCAUGGCAACCCGGCACACAGUGGAACAAAAUGCUGCCCAACCAUCCCCACAAUCAGCUGUGGAUUGGACUCUUGUGAUCCGUAGGGUUCUCACUGGCUGAUUUUCAGAAGUAGAUCACCAGGCCUUUCUUCCUAGUCACUCGUCUGGAAGCUCUGCUGAAACCUGUUCAUCAUCACAGCAACACAGAAGCCUCUACUGACAGACAAGCUGUUGCUGCAUGUGAGGUGCACUGGAUCAGAAGCGAUUAUGGGUCUCCCACAUGGAAGGCAAAAAUUCUGUCACUGAAUCAACACUGCCCUGACACAGUCUUUACAAACAUCAGAUUAUAAAACCAAACUGCACUUCCCACAAUAGGCCCUUCGUCUGAGUUUAUGUCUGUUAUCAGCCCUACCGUUGAUUUAAUGGCAACAUACCAUAUAUGAGCGUAUGCACACAAUAUACUUGUAUCUAUAUAAUCGUUCUGGGAGAAGAUAUAAGGAAUUGAUUACAUUGGUUACCUCUGGAAAAGAGAACUGAAUGACUAGGAUAAGGGGUGGUAGGAGGACUUUUCACUGUGUCAUUAUGUGCCUUAAAUUUUGAACCAUGUGAAUGUAACAAAAUUUAGUUUAUAAAAAAGAACUGCUGGGAAUAAUAUCAGUAAUAUGUAAUCCCUAGCAACAAAUAGCUAGAAAAUGUAAUUUUUAAAAGGUAACCAUUUAUCACAAGAAGUUUUAAAAAAGAUACGUGGCACAGAAAAUAUGUGGUACUAGGAAUAAAUCUAAUAGCGAGCUAUAAUUAAUCUCUUAUUUAUAAAUCAAUUCCAAUCAAGAUCUUGCAGAGUUUCUUGUAUAACUUUGCAGACUAAUUCUAAUAUGUGUGUGGAAACCAACAAUGGGUUUAACUGGCAUCUCAAAUUGCCUCUGAGGCCCUGAGAAACACGUUACCACCCAUGUAACAGGCCUGCCAAAAAUGUUUAAACUAAAGCUAUUGAUGAGAAAAUUAUCAGACAAAUUCAAACUGAAGGAGAGAAUUCUGCAAAGCAGCUAGUUAUGCUCUAAAAAUGUCAAUAUCACAAAAGACCAAACAUGGAGGAUCUUGAAAGAAUAGACAUGAUGACAACUAAAUGUACCGCAUGAACCUUUAUUGAGUCCUUGUUGUUAGGUGCUGUGGAGUCAGUUCCGACUCAUAGUGACCCUGUGCACAACAGAACGAAAUACUGCCCGGUCCUGCACCAUCCUCAGAAUUGUUGCUACACUCGAGCCCUUUGUUGUAGCCAUUGUGUCAUUCCAUCUCACUGAGGAUCUUUCACUUUUUCGCUAACCCUCUAUUCUACCAAGCAUGAUGUCUUUCUCCAGGGACUGAUCCCUCCCGACAGCAUGUCCAAAGUAUGUGGGAUGCAGUCUCGCCAUCCUUGCUUCCAAGGAGCAUUCUGGUUGUACUUCUUCCAUGACAAAUUGGUUCAUUCUUUUGGCAGUCCACGGUAUAUUCAAUAUUCUUCACCAACACCACAAUUCAGAGGCAUCAGUUCUUCUGUCUUCCUUAUUGGCCAGCUUUCGAAUGCAUAUGAGGUGGUUGAAAACACCAUGGCUUGGGUCAGGCACACCUUAGCCCACAAGGUGAUGUCUUUCCUUUUUAACCCUUUAAAGAGGUCUCUUGCAGCCAAUUUGCCCAAUGCAAUGCAUCUUUUGAUUUCCUGACUGCUGCUUCCAUGGGUGUUCGUUGUAGAUCCAAGCAAAAUGAAAUCCUUGACAACCUCAAUCUUCUCCAUUUAUCAUGAUGUUGCUUACUGGUCCAGUUGUGAGGAUUUUUGUUUUCUUUAUGUUGAGGUGUAAUCCAUAAUGAAGGCUGUGGUCUUUGAUCAUUAGUAAGUGCUUCAAGUCCCAGUGGUCAGCAAGCAAGAUUGUGUCACCUGUAUAAAACAGGUUGUUAAUGAGUCUUCCUCCAAUCCUGAUGCCCUGUUCUUCAUAUAGUCCAGCUUCUCGUAUUAUUUGUUCAGCAUACAGAUUGAAUAGGUAUGGUGAAAGGAUACAAUCCUGAUACACAUCUUUCCUAACUUUAAACCAUGCAGUAUUCCCUUGUUCUGUUUGAACAACUGCCUUUUGAUCCAUGUACAGAUUCCUCAUGAGCACAAUUAAGUGUUCUGGAAUUCCUGUUCCCCACAAUAUUAUCCAUAAUUUGAUCCAUAUACUCAAAUGCCUUCGCAUCGUCAAUAAAACACAGGUAAACAUCCUUCUGGUAUUCUCUGCUUUCAGCCAGGGUCCAUCUGACAUCAGCAAUGAUACCCGUGGUUCUAUGUCCUCUUCUAAAUCCGGCUUGAAUUUCUGACAGUUCCAUGUUAAUAUACUUACUAACGCAGCCACUUCUGAAUGAUCUUCAGCAAAAUUUUGCUUGCAUAUGAUAUUAAUGAUAUUGUUGGAUAAUUUCCACAUUCUGUUGGAUCACCUUUCUUGGGAAUAGGCAUAAAUAUGGAUCUCUUCCAAUCAGUUACUUGGCCAGGUAGCUGUCUUCCAAAUUUCUUGGCAUAGAUGAGUGAGCACUUUCAGUGCUGUAUCCGUUUGUUGAAAUAUCUCAACUGGUAUUCCGUCAAUUCCUGGAGGCUUGUUUUUCACCAAUGCCUUCAGUGCAGCUUGGACCUCUUCCUUCAGUACCAUUGGUUCCUGAUCAUAUGCUACCUCCUGAAACGGUUGAAUGUCGACAAAUUCUUUUUGGUAUAGUGACUCUGUCUUUUCCUUCCAUCUUUUGAUGCUUCCUAUGUUGUUUAAUAUUUUCCCCAUAGAAUCGUUCCGUAUUACAACUCGAGACUUGAAUUUUUUCUUCAGUUCUUUCAGCUUGAGAAAUGCUGAGCGUGUUCUUCCCUUCUGGUUUUCUAUCUCCAGGUCUUUGCACAUGUCAUCAUAAUACUUUGUCUUCUCCAGCUGCCCUUUGAAAUCUUCUGUUCAGAUUUUAAAAAUCUAUCCUAGAUUAAAAAAAAAAAAAAGUUGUAGAUACCCAUAUGGAGUAAAUUCAUAUUAAAUAAUAGUAUUAUGUAAGUGUUAAAUUCCACGAGGGUGGUAAAAUAUUGUGGUUAUAUGGAAUGCCCUUGUUCUUAGGGAUUCAUGCUGAAAUAUUUGGGGGUGAAAGUUCAGAUGGCCUGUGUAAUGGGUCUCCCAGAAAUCCAUAUCCUCCCAGAACCUCAGAAUGAGACCUUAUUUGGAAAUAGGGUCUUUGUAGAUGGAACUAGUUAAGAAUCUCGAGAUGAAGUCCAGGAUUUCGAGUGGGCCCUAAAUUCAAUGACUAGUAUCUUUAUAAGAGAAAGGAAAGGGAAGUCUGGACACAAACACACAGAGAAGAAAGCUAUGUGAAGACAGAGACUGAAGUGAUGCUGUCACAAGCUAAGGAACACCAGGAGCUGGAAGAGGCAAUGACGGAUCUUUCUCCGGAGACUUUGCAGGGAGCGUGGCCCUGCGGACACCUUGAUUUCAGACUUCUGGCCUCCAGAACAGUAAGAGAAUAAAUUUCUGUUGUUUUAAGCUACAAAAUUUAUGGUAAUUUUUAAUGGCAAUCCUAGGAGACUAAUACAGUCUUCAACAAAUUUCUCAAAUAAUUCAGCAAAAGAAAAAAAUAUAUAUACACACACACGUACGUAUAUUUAUAACUGCAUAUAAUGGACAGAGGUUCAAAGUUAUAAAG